UCGCCUACGUGUACCAAGUAAACAACAAUGGUUCUGAACUUCCCCCGUCUGUCGUCAUCGUGCCCUCUUCCUCGUUGUGGUCCAUCCGUGAAACCGAGAAGACACAGUGAAUUUGAGGGAACGUCGCGAUGGAAGGGGAGGAACUGGGUUCUUCGACUAGGAUGUCUAGGCUCUGAUGAACUACAAAGUCCACCCCGCUCUCAUUCGUCAUGCCCUCCUCUAUUCUUUAGUAACCCACAAGAGAGGCAAGGGCUCACCGCUUUCUCCAACCUUCUCGUGGCCAACUCUGGGCUGCUGCACAAGAUUCGAAAGAAAGCACUUGGCGGUCAACUCUGAGUGCAUGGCCGAGCUACGUACAGGCCAGAGCAGAAUCCUGCCGUAUGUCCUUACCCCCUUGGAUGGCGGACAGCAGAGAGGGAAACGGUUUCGGGAGAUUGGGGGUGGCGAUUCAGAGCGAUGGUUGUCCCUGUUGGUGGCGUCCUUUCGACUGGGCCGCUACCUCCACCUCCGUUGGUAAUCGACGGAGAAUUUGACUAGUCGCUUCUGCCCUUUCGGUUUGGUGCUGUGGAGUUCCUAUCUGCAUGAAUGACUACCCUUAUCAACGAUCACGAAGAGCCUCCGGCUUCUUGAAACGUCUUUUGACUCCCACUAUCCUCGCGAUAUUGGUGCCUGUUAAACUCAUCAUUUUGCUAGGCCAUUCACACUCGCACCGGGACUCUUCACCCUCCUGUGAACCUCGUCAUGGUUUCUGCUCCCAGCCGGUGACAAUUUACACUCUCCGUUUGUAGGGUAUGGAAGUUGGUCCAACUUACGUUAGCGUCUAUUCGGGAGGUCGUAAAACAACUUACU